UCUAAAGUUUAUAGUGUAUUGAUUUUAAGCUUAUUAGGCUAAUGUUAAGUAAACUAGUAUUAAAUAAGAGUACAAAAUAUUCUAAAUAGCUAAUUUUACAUAUAUCUUUGCUCCGCAAAGAGCAAGCUAUGGAGAUGUGUAAUUUAAUUAAGCUUUGUUUGUUAGUUUUCACAGCUGUGUGUGGAGUAUCUUCCUCUAGAGUGUUAGAGCUGAGUGAUAGAUUCAUAGACAUCAGCAAUGAAGGCAUGUGGUUUAUCAAGUUCUAUGCACCAUGGUGUGCACACUGCCGUCGCAUUGAGCCUAUCUGGGCCCAUGUCGCGCAGUCACUCUACAACAGCCAGAUUAAAGUGGCUAAGGUUGACUGCACAAGGUUCCCUGCAGUUGCCACACAUUUCAAAGUUCGAGCCUAUCCUACCAUUCUGUUCAUCAAAGGCUCCCAACACUAUGAGUACAAUGGUGAGCGGAUGAAAGAGGACAUGGUGAACUAUGCGGUGCGCAUGUCCCAGCCGGCAGUGCAGAGGUUGACACAAGCUGAUAGCUUGGGGUAUCUUAAGGAGGCACAUCCAGUGUUCUUCGGGUUUGUUGGGAAACAGCAGGGACCAUUAUGGGACAUCUUUAUAAGGCACGCCGAUAAGUACCAACCCCACAGUUGGUUUUACGCCAUGUCCCAUGAGACGGUCAAGAAUGAUAUCAACCCACCAAAUGAGUCUGCGGUGUUCUGUUACAAAGAAGAUGAAGCAUAUUUCUUUGAUGCUCACCCUGUGAUAGAGGACACAGAAGCCUUAAACACGACCUUAGAUAAAUGGAUCAACUCAGAAAGAUUCGGUUUCUUUCCUAAAAUCACUAGAUCCAACAUUCAUCACCUCAUGGACACAGAGAAAUAUAUAGUGAUUGCUGUGGUUUCUGAGAAUAAGCUGAGCGAGAUAAGCCAAACUGAAAGGGACUUUAAGGACAUGGUUGAAGGUAUUAUUAAGAAAAAGAAGAAGACACUCCAUUCACGUUUCCAAUUCGGCUGGAUGGGCUCCCUCGAGCUAGCCAACUCCAUCGCCAUGUCGGAGCUGACCGCGCCCCACCUGCUCGUGCUCAACUCCACCACCAGCCACCACCACAUGCCCGACGACGACCCCGUGCUCAUGACGCCGGAGGCCGUGCUCGUGUUCCUCGACCAGAUACACAACCAGCUGGCGCCGACAUACGGGGGCAACGGGUGGUGGGUGCGCGUGUACCGCGCGCUGUUCGAGGCGCGCAGCUCGCUGGCCAGCAUGUGGCGCGGCAACCCGGUGCUGACGGCGCUGGUGUUCGGCCUGCCGCUCGGCUUCCUGUCUCUCAUCUGCUACUCGGUGUGCUGCGCCGACAUACUCGACGCCGACGAGGAGGAGCUGCCAGAAACUCAUGAAAAGAAGGACUAAGUAGUUGCUGCUUUUAAUAUCCGAAUCUAGGACCUAUUUAUUUGUUCGUGUCGGAUAUUGUUGUUUUGUUGUCAUCAGCCAUUUCCUGACGGGUAAUACCGUCAAGAUUAUAAAUAUUGGGACCGUGCAUCUGCCAUCUCGUGGCCUAAAUCGGAAACUUAACUUUGUGCCAAUAAUCAAGGUACAAUACUCCCACUACAGUUCAUGCACGUUCCUCUAUCCACCACUUCAUAGUAAAAUAAAGCAACCAAGUCAGUAAAAAUAAAAUGAGGUAGUUUCACGGCAUAAUACUUACUUAGUUUUUGUUGUACCAAAGUAUUUUUAAUGAUAUAUUUAUACAGGUGUUGUAUUGUAAAUGAGUAUUGAAUAUUAAUUUAUCUUGUGGCUAUGUUUUUGAUGUGUCAUUAUGUUUAAUUUAGACAUGUAAGAGUAAAUUACGCAAUCAUGUAUGGUUUUUACAAGUUUUUUGUUUUACUUUCACCUGAUUUAAAAAUCUGGUACUUUGGUGACAAAUGAAUUGUAUAGUAACAAGAUGGUUAACCAUCUGGUCAUAUGAUGGAGUUGAGACCAGACAAGUAAGGCCAAAGCAACUCAUUAUUAAGAUAACCCAAACAGAAAUAGUUUUGGCUCCUGAUGGUGCUCCCAUACAGGCAGUUAUAUAUCGCGUGACAGGGACAACGUGGCAGUGUUAUGGUGUCCCUGUCACACUAUGUAAUAUAACGUUUUAUUACCGCCAAUGUAGAGCACUACUACUGUUCCGGAUGGGUAGACUAAGGGUCGGUUGCACCAAACUGUUACGAACGUUAAAGAGUUCGCUAAAUUUUUAUGU